AGCAGAUCCAGAUCGGAGUCUGCUCCCCCGCCCCUCCUUCCAGAGCUCGGUACAGAACCCCGGCGUCCUGGCUCCGAGUUGCUCAGCCCCAGAUGGCUCCGCCCCGUGCAGGGUGACGCGUGCAGCCAUGCUGCUGCUGCGACCUGGAAGCAAACAGCUCCGGGGUCAUAUGGAAAGUGUCAGCUGGGGGACAGCUCCGCAGGCUCCGUGUCUCUUCUCCGGAGGCCAGCAGGGGGCAGCUGGGAGUUGGGGUCCUGCUCCUGGAGCCUUGGUCGGGUUGAAUUGGUGCCUUGGGCCAUGACCAACGACUUGGACAUCUUCGUGGGGAACACCACGCUGAUCGAUGAGGAGGUGUACCAGCUCUGGCUGGAUGGGUACUCAGUGAGUGAUGCAGUGAGCCUGCGGUUGCGCAGCGGGAUCCUGGAGCAGACGGGGGCCACGGUGGACGUGCUGCAGAGCGACACCAUGGAUCACUACCGCACCUUCCACAUGCUGGAGCGCCUGCUGCACACCCCCUCCAAGCUCAUCCACCAGCUACACUUUCAGAUCCCCCCCUCCCGCCAGGCCAUGCUCAUUGAAAGGUACUAUGCCUUUGACGAGGCCUUCGUGCGUGAGGUGCUGGGCAAGAAGCUCUCCAAGGGCACCAAGAAGGACCUAGAUGACGUCAGCACCAAGACAGGCAUCACCCUCAAGAGCUGCCGUCGCCAGUUUGACAACUUCAAGCGGGUGUUUAAGGUGGUGGAGGAGAUGCGGGGGUCCUUGGUGGAGAACAUCCAGCAGCACUUCCUGCUGUCAGACCGGCUAGCCAGGGACUAUGCUGCCAUCGUCUUCUUCGCAAACAGCCGCUUCGAGACAGGCAAGAAGAAGCUGCAGUUCCUGACCUUUGAGGAUUUCGCUUACUGUGCAGAGCAGAUGAUCCAGAACUGGACACUGGGAGCCGUGGACUCCAAUGUGGACGAUAUGGAUGUGGAUCUGGAUAAGGAAUUCCUGCAGGAACUCAAGGAGCUCAAGGUGCUGAUCACUGAUAAGGAUCUGCUUGAUCUGCAUAAGAGCCUGGUGUGCACGUCACUGCGCGGGAAGAUCUCGGUGUACAACGAGAUGGAGGCCAACUUCAAGAACCUGUCACGGGCACUGGUCAAUAUGGCCUCCAAGCUGAUCCACACCAAGGACGUGCGCGACUUCUUCAUCGACCUAGUGGAAAAGUUCAUUGAGCCCUGCAAGUCAGAUAAAUGGACCUUGAACGACCUCCGUCUCUUCCUGACGCAGUACAUGACAUCUGCUCACACCUUGGAUGCCUUCCGGCACCAGGCUCUCUGGGAUCGGUACAUGAGCACCACCAAAUCCUGCCUGCUUAAGAUGUACCACGACUGACAAGCAGGGGGAGCCCUGACUGUUUUAAAUGCCCUGCUCUGCCGGAUCUCUGUGCCCGUAUUCUGUUUACCUGGGCUGCAUCUUGGGAGCUCUGAUGUGAAGCCUCCGCCACUUCCCCAGGGCCGUGCGCUGCCUCCCCCAAGAUUCCCUCUCUCCAUCUUCGGAGUUUUAGCUCAUUUUGGAAAAUAAAUGGAAGAGCCAUUUGUUGGA